GUUCUUGACAGUGACGACAAGGUUCUUGACAGUGAGGACAAGGUUCCUGACAGUGAGGACAAGGUUCCUGACAGUGAGGACAAGGUUCCUGACUGUGAGGACAAGGUUCCUGACAGUGAGAACAAGGUUCUUGACGGUGAGGACAAGCUUCUUCAAAGCGAGGACAAGGUUCCUGACAGGGAGGACAAGGUUCCUGACUGUGAGGACAAGGUUCCUGACCGUGAGGACAAGGUUCCUGACAGUGAGGACAAGGUUCUUGACAGUGAGGACAAGGUUCCUGACAGUAAGGAGAAGGUUCUUGACAGUGAGGACAAGGUUCCUGACUGUGAGGACAAGGUUCCUGACUGUGAGGACAAGGUUCCUGACUGUGAGGACAAGGUUCCUGACAAUGAGGACAAGGUUCUUGACAGUGAGGAAAACAUUCCUGACGGCGAGGACAAGGUUCCUGACUGUGAGGACAAGGUUCUUGACAGUGAGGACAAGGUUCCUGACAGUGAGGACAAGGUUGCUGACAGUGAGGACAAGGUUCUUGGCAGUGAGGACAAGGUUCCUGACAGUGAGGACAAGGUUCCUGACUGUGAGGACAAGGUUCCUGACAGUAAGGACAAGGUUCCUGACAGUAAGGACAAGGUUCCUGACGGUGAGGACAAGGUUCUUGACUGUGAGGACAAGGUUCUUGACGGCGAGGACAAGGUUCCUGACAGGGAGGACAAGGUUUCUGACAGGGAGGACAAGGUUUCUGACUGUGAGGACAAGGUUCCUGACUGUGAGGACAAGGUUCCUGACAAUGAGGAGAAGGUUCUUGACAGUGAGGAGAAGGUUCCUGACGGUGAGGACAAGGUUCCUGACUGUGAGGAGAAGGUUCUUGAGGCUGAGGAGAAGGUUCCUGACAGUGAGGACAAGUUUCUGACAGUGAGGAAAAGGUUCUUGACG